GAGCUCUGCCCGCUGCGAAGAGGAGAAAACAAACCUAGAGGGAGCCCUGACCAGAGCGUCCCCCCCCCCUCCCCCCGACGGCGACGCUGGGCUGUCGCAAUUAUGUCGACGAAUCCGCUCUCGACGCAGAACAUGGUCGCAGCCGAGUUCGACGCCCGCCCGGAGCAGCAGCAGCGGGUGCGCAAGCGACGCCGCCGCACCAUGGCCUGCACGCAGUGCCGCAGCAGGAAGCUCCGCUGCGACCGCGAGUAUCCCACCUGCGGUCGCUGCCGCAAGAGCAAGACGCCCACCAAGUGCACGUACGAGGAUGGGUUCCUGUGGCAGCAGCCCACCACCGUCACCUCCACUGUCUUCUCCGAUCAAGGUUCCACAGCCCUGUCCGUUGGCCGAGUCACAGAUCGGACUUCCAUGUCCACGCCCCCGGACUCGGCGUUAAAGCCCCAGCCGUUUCGGCCUCAGGAACAACCCCCCGUGCUGGGACGGCCCCAAGAGGAGCGUCGCGAUCGCUUUCUGGAAACCGUCUUGGGCGCCCCCAAGGCCGCCGUCGACCAAGAGCCGUAUGUCGCCGAGUCGCUGCCUCGUCUGAAGCGCUCGAGUAUCCAGAUCCCUGCCUAUACGGAGCAAAUCGUCGAGGAUGAGUCGCCGCCCUUGUCGCCCACCCAGCCCGUGGAUUUGGUACCUCGGAUCAUGAUGAGAGGGAAGGAGACCAAAACUCGUUUCAACGGGUCGGGAAUUUCGGCAAAUGUGAUGUCGCAGUUCGCGGAUAUCAAAUCGUUCGCCGAAGAGAUCAGACUUUCUAACCCGAAUUUGGCUCGACUACGGCCAGACCUAGAGAAAGUCAAGCGUGGUCUGUACAGACGGAGGCUCAGCGACCCGUUGCCAGAGUCGCCGAUCGUCACUCUCAUCUCCAUGCUCCCGAGUCGACAGUCCGUCGAUGAGCUGGUCAGCCUUUAUCUGGCCUAUGUCGAGUCGGUGCAUCGGAUCCUGCAUGUACCGACCUUCCUGCGCGAGCUGGAGGAUUUCUGGAUGAAGAAAGAUACCCCAGACUUAGUGUCGCCCGCCUUUGUCGUCCAGCUGCUCCUGAUGAUGGCAUGUGCCUGGAAUCUGGCGGAUCAGAACACCCUCUAUUACAAGAACGAGUCGCCCAUGAGCUGCUCGGUGGCGAUAGAAUGGAUUCUCCACGCGGAGAAGUGGAUUCAAGCGGCGCAGGUCAAGCGACCUGAGAUCACCGCCAUCCGCCUCUACUGUCUGCUGAUCAUCGCCCAGAACUCCCUGGGCAUGAAGCGCAGCAAAGCGUGGCUGGCGACCGGUACGUUGAUCAAACAGGCCAUGCUGUCGGGCUACCAUCGCGACGCUAGUCGGCACUCCAAGAUUUCCGGCUUUAUCAAAGAGAUGCGCCGUCGCAUCUGGGCCACGAUCGUCGAGCUGGAUCUCCAGGUAUCCUUGGACCGCGGGAUGCCCCCCUCGAUCCAGGCCUCGGACUACGACACCGCCCCCGUAUCAAAUCUCAACGACGUAGACCUCCGCGAGGGCAUGACUGAAUUACCUGCCGCUCGGCCACUCGACGAGAUAACCGACUCCUCGUUUCAAGCGAUCAUGAGCCAAUCACUUAUGCUGCGGCUCAAGGUGGGCCAUCUCAUGCAUUCCCCGCGAUUAGCCUGCUCCUAUGAGGAGGUCCUCCGCAUGGAUUGGGAAUUCAACAAGCACCUGGCCGCGAUUCCCAAAUGGGCCCAGGCUGAAAUGGGCGAUCUCCUUAAACAGCGGAAACUGUUGGUAUGGAAGACCCUGUCGGAAACGAGGAUGUCCCAGGCCCUCUUGUGCCUACACACCCCCUUCGCGAUCGAGUCGGCCAAAGUGCCGCUCUUUGUGCCCUCGGAACAGGCCCGGCUCACCGCGGCGACCAAUAUUCUCUCCUCGCAUAAACGUCUCCAGGACAGUUCGAAAUCAUUGGCGUUGUGCAGCAUGGGCGAUUGGACCAUUCAGGCAUGUGGUUCCAUCUGUCAGUCUCUCUAUGCGAGCAGCAACAGUAAUGCCACCACUCUGACUCGCACUCUUCCUGGCUUUGCUGAAAAUCUGGUCUUGCUGGUCGAGGCUGCGAUUGCGGCGCUUGAGACCCGCGCCUUUUGUGUCGUCAAGGGGGCCAAGGACUACUUCUUCAUGUCCACCCUUCUUGCUCUUGUUAAAACCAGGCUCUGGGAGGAUCAAGCCGGCCUGUUUAAGCAAGAGGUGGUCGACCGGAUUCUCGCAUUCACACCAACGCUCUACGCCCGCCAUGCCAACUGCUCACACCUAGAUACUUUUGACAUGUGCAACUUCAAGCCGAAAGCCGUUGGAAAUUUCCCACCUCCCUCGGACAUGAUCGUUCCAAUGAAUGGCGAGAAUUUCGAACCCAUCUUGCCAGGAAUGAACUUUGGGAUCACACCGCCCGGGGAAUUAGAUGCUUUCCUGGAUGUUUUCGAUUGGGAAGAUGUUGCAAGUUUUGCAUUUGCCGAGUGAGCGAUUCAGCCUUGUAUUGCUUUUUUUGCUUUGCUUGAUAUUUAGCUUGAUACCUUAUGUACGAGACACGAUAUAUGUACGAUUUAACAGUCAAUGGGUGAUAAAUCAUUCCUCUCUUUCUCUCUCUCUUUCUCCCUACUAGGUAAACAUUCCAUCAAAACUUUUGAUAUCUGAACAACCCGUGAAAUACUCUGGCUUGUUCCGCACGAAUACCUCCGUACGAGGAGGCAAUCGAGUCAAUCUGGGAGUUACAAAAGUCAGCUAAUUAGAUUCCAAAGAGGUCUAAAAGAAAGGAUCCCACCCGUCUUUAAUCAGACUCGUCCGAACGACAAUC